AUUAUGGGCUUAGGUCUUGAAUCAGAGGAUUACUAGACAAUGGGAGAGAUCACUACUGAAAAAGCCCAUCUAAGAAAAACCCGAAGCAGUCUGUUACGCUGACAAAACCCCAAGCACUCUUUUUUCUCGGCACACACAAGCAACAAUGGGAAAAGAGGUCGAACGGCAACAGAUUCCGGCCGUUUCGUCCCGAAACCUCCACAUAAAGAAGAGGGUUCUUAAGAAUAAAGCUCUUGCCAUUAGCUUCGACGAGAAGGAUCUCAGGAACUACGUGACAGGGUUUCAGAAGAGGAAGAAGAAGAGAAGAAAGGUUGCCUUACAACAGCAAGGCGAGGCACUAAGGCGAAAGCGUAUUGAAGCCCGUAAGAAGAGGAAGCUAGAAAGAGAUUUUGUUUCAUCUGGUGGAGCUCCACCAGUCACAGAUUCAGUUCCUGAUGGUUGCAGUGAACUCAAUGAAGAGGAGGAAGAGGAGGAGGAUAGCGAGCCUGUUCCUUCUGUCUCUGGGACAACAAUCUAUGACAAUGGUGAUCUUCAAGUUUCAGUGACAACAAGCGAAAUCACUCGUGAGGACGACGAUAUUGUUCCCCGUGAAAGGAGAGAAAGACCAUUUGUGCAGCCAAUUGCAGCUAAUCAAAAGCUCAAGGUGCCUGUGGCACCGAAGAAACCAAUGAAGAGAGUUGUAAGACACAAACCGAAGACCAAGUCGAAGUCCGAAAAGAGAGGGAACAAAUCAAAGGGAAGCAAAAGGAGCAAGAAUGGGCGGUAGUUGCAGAGGAACUUCCACAUGGCUUUGUUUAUUGGAUUAUUAAUUGCUUCUGGCUGUGCCUCGUACAGUUCUUCCGUGUGUGGCUGCAGUUCACGCAGUGGCAUCUUUAGUGACAUAUCAUUUUCACUUAAAUUAAUGAUCAUUUUGGCCAGUUCCUUCAAGCGUUUAUCAGCAAUGUUUCCAUCAAAUUCAGUUGUAGCUAUACCAAAACCCAAAUAGUGUUUUAGUUUAUGUUUUGUAUGGUUAAAUUUGCAAGCUUGAACUAUAGUUUCAGCUGAUAUGAUGGAGCAAUGGAGCUUGUCACAUCAAUUUCUGACACCUGUGGUGUGAGGGGUCCUCACUUCAAGGCACCGUACAGAAUUUUCGUCGUUAUUGCUAAUUGAUAUCACAUGGAUUCGCUUUGAAGUAUGUGCUACCUAUAUUACAAUUAUUAUUGUAUCCGUUUUUCUUCCAUUAAUCGAUUUUAUUAAUUAUCCAUUUUCUGGGAAA